AGAAAAUCAGGCAAUGGCCAACUAAUAAUCUAUACUCUCUCUCUCUCUCUCUCGAGUUUGGACAGCUCUACAAGAUUGCAUCUUGGACAUCUUAUUCUCUCUGAGAGAGAGAGUCAACCAUGGGCGUUUGCUGCCCUGUUAUUCGAACCAGGGACCGUCCUUCCUUGCCUCUCUGAUCCUGUUCGAAGUUCGAAGUUCGAAGUUCGAAGAUCUUCUCUGUUUCUAAAAUUGGCACUAGUUGCGCUCCACCUCGUCUUCAUCGGCUUCCUUCUGGUUUGCGAUGCUCAAUUCGUCGAGAAAACUAGGCUACAUCCAUGUAUUUCGUCACUUGUGGCUCUUCGCCUAGGUAUGUUAUUGAUGCAAUGAGGGAUGUUGACGAAACCAAUGCAAUACUGUACAGAUACGCACCUACCACAUCAUUUAAAAACUGCCUCAGGUGCCAGAAGAUGGUUUUGGACUUGUACCCUCCUGGAACAUCCUUAAGGUGGUACAUCUGUGAGGAGAGUGCUCUAUGCAUCUGGACACUCAUCAUGUACAUUGACUACCUGACUAACGUAGCCAAGCCUUGGUGGAAGAAUGCAGUUAUCAUACUACUCCUUGUCGUAUUGGUGAUCUCCUUGAUAUUCGUGCUGCUUCUUUUGCUUUUUCACAGCUAACCUUAUUCUGACGAAUCAAAGCACUUAUGAACUUGUGAGACGAAAACGUAUUCCAUACAUGAGGAAUAUGCCGGAACGAGUGCAUCCUUUUAGUAGAGGAAUCAAGAGGAAUCUAUACAACGUCUGUUGCGGUAACGAUACUUUAGACUCGUUGCCCACUGCCUACGAACUUGAGGAUAGAUCAAGAUCCUACACUUGCUUAGAUAUGCUGAAAUGUCGUUGUUGCUAAAUUUUUUUUUUUUUUUUUUUUUUUUUUUUAGGGUUUGAUCAGUGA